CUCCACAGAGUGACAGAUCAAUUGUGAAUAUAAUAAUUUGUGAUGUACUGUGCAUAUAUACAAGUCCUUGAUCGACCUUAUAGGCCAUCUCGCUCUUGUGGAACUUCCCCUUCUCCCCUUCAUGCUUGCAUCAUGAAGAUCUUUGCAGAGCUACAAUUAUUGUUGAUUUUUGCUUUUCUUUUGCACAGUGGAAAUGGAAUUGAAACAUUCAAAUUCAGGGUACCUGAAAAACAACUUUACCGAACUUCUUAUCACUUUCAGCUCCAACAAAAUUGGAUGAACGAUCCAAAUGGACCUAUGUACUACAAAGGUGUCUACCACCUUUUCUACCAACAUAAUCCUGAAGCAGCAACCUUUGGUGACAGGAUUGUAUGGGGUCACUCAGUAUCCUAUGAUCUCAUCAAUUGGAUUCAUCUGAAUAAUCCAAUUGAACCGAGUGAGCCCUAUGACAUUAAUAGUUGUUGGUCUGGCUCAGCCACUAUACUCCCAGGGAAAGAACAACCUGUUAUUUUAUACACAGGAAUUGAUGAUAAAAAACACCAAGUUCAGAACUUAGCUAUGCCAAGGAAUCUAUCAGACCCCUUCUUAAGAGAAUGGGUGAAACACUCUCAGAACCCUGUCAUGACUCCUCCUAGUGGAGUUGAAGUGGAUAAUUUCAGAGACCCUUCAACUGCUUGGCAGGGAGAGGAUGGAAAAUGGAGGGUAGUCAUUGGUGCUCAAAAUGUUGAUGAAGGGAAGACAAUUCUCUACCAAAGUGAGGAUUUUGUUCAUUGGACAGUUGAUCCUAAUCCCUUUUAUGCAUCAGAUAAUACAGGAGUUUGUGAGUGUCCAGACUUCUUUCCCGUGUUCAUAAAUGGCAGCACAAAUGGGGUGGACACAUCUGUGCAAAAUUCAAGUGUUAGACAUGUCUUGAAGAUAAGCUAUCUAAGAAAACAGCAUGAUUACUAUUUUCUUGGCAAAUAUGUUUCUGAUCAGGAAAACUUUAUUCCUGAUGUUAGGUUUACAGGAACUAGUUCAGACUUGAGGUAUGACUAUGGUAAAUUCUAUGCUUCCAAGUCAUUUUUUGACUAUGCCAAAAGCAAGAGGAUAUUGUGGGGAUGGGUGAAUGAAUCUGACACCACACAAGAUGACAUUGAGAAAGGAUGGGCCGGUCUACAGUCAAUUCCAAGACAAGUUUGGCUUGAUAAAAGUGGGAAGCGAUUGGUGCAAUGGCCAAUUGAAGAGGUAGAAAAACUACGUGACAAGCAAAUCAGCAUUACAGGAGAGAAACUUGUACAUGGAUCAAAUCUUGAAGUCUCAGGUGUCACCGCAUCACAGGCUGACGUAGAAGUGAUGUUUGAGCUAUCUGAACUAGAAAAUGCCGAGUUUCUUGAUCCCAAUGGAGUUGAUCCCCAACAACUCUGUAGCCAAGAAUAUGCAUCAAGAAGUGGCAUAAUAGGGCCAUUUGGUUUGUUAGCUUUAGCUUCAGAGGAUCUCAAAGAGCACACUGCAAUCUUCUUCAAAAUAUAUAGAGCACCCAAUAGAUAUGUAUCCCUCAUGUGCAGUGAUCAAAGCAGGUCCUCAUUGAGGCUUGACCUUGACAAGACUACAUAUGGAACCAUCUUUGACAUAGAUCCUAAUCUCAAAGAAAUUUCACUAAGAAGCUUGAUUGAUCACUCUAUUAUUGAGAGUUUUGGCGAUGAAGGGAGAGUUUGUAUCACAAGUAGAGUUUAUCCAUCAUUGGCUAUAGACAAAGAUGCCCAUCUUUAUGUAUUUAACUAUGGAAGCCAGAGUGUGGUGAUCUCAAAUCUGAACGCUUGGAGCAUGAAGCAAGCUGAGAUUGGUCAGGAGGGAAACAUAAGCUAUACCUAAGAUGAGAAGGAUUAGAAGAUUUUUGUAUACGUGUCUUGUUUUUUGUUUUUCCUUCUUUAUUGGUCCCUCCAUGAUGGGAAGAACUCUGCAGUCUAUUGUUAUUUAGGAAAGAAUUGUAAUGUGUCUCUGUAGAUCAAUGAAUUAUACAUACUCACCAA